AUGCUUAGCCGUGCCGUAUUGCCUCUGACGAGGCCCAACAUCCUUGCCUCUACUCUCCGUGUAUCAGCCCUGCCGGUCUCACAUUCCCGAUGGUACGCAAAGAACACCAAGCCCGAGGCUCCGUACAACGCCCCCGACUCUGUCAAAACCCCCAAGCCCGAACAAUACUCGUCGGAACAGGUUGAGUUCGACACAUCUGCCGACCCGCAAAAGAACACUGCUUCUCAAACUUCCGAAGCUCCUGAAUCGGACUCUACCUCUACCGAAAAGAGUGCGCCGCGUAAACCGCUUCCCGACCUCACACAGGGUAUUCCAUCGACACUCUUCGCAGAGCUCGAAGGCCGCGCAAAGCAAACCGGGGCGACCGGUCUGAAUCUCACAGAGGACCCUUCUCGUUCCGAUGAGUAUGAUGAUGAUGGCCGGGGCGAUAUCCCCAAGGAUGGUUACGAAUCCUCUUUGGACCGCCGCAGGGCCCGUAUGGCCAAAUUGAUGUACGCCCUCACCUUGCUUGCAGGUAUCGGAGGAGCAGCCUACAUGGGGCGAAACUGGGAAACGGAGGAGGAAGAGAAGAACCACAAGGAUACUCCAUCAGGCUGGAGCCCAGGACUCCUCUACAACCGCAUCAAGGCCCGAAUGGGCGACUUCACCAGCUACUACAAAGACCCGGCUUUCCCUAAGUUGCUUCCCGAUGAAGACCCCAAUUUCCGCCAGCCUUACACUUUGGUUCUCAGUUUGGAAGACUUGCUUGUGCACAGCGAAUGGAGCCGUGAGCACGGAUGGCGAGUUGCCAAACGACCUGGUGUCGACUACUUCCUUCGCUAUCUCAACCAGUACUACGAACUCGUUCUCUUCACCAGUGUCCCAAGUAUGAUGGCGGAUCAGGUUCUCCGAAAGCUUGACCCCUACCGUAUUAUCCGCUGGCCGUUGUUCCGGGAAGCUACCCGAUACAAGGACGGAGAAUACAUCAAGGAUCUUUCGUACCUGAACCGAGACCUCUCGAAGGUGAUCUUGCUUGACACCAAGGAGGAACACGCCCGCCUGCAGCCCGAGAACGCCAUUGUUCUUGACAAGUGGCACGGAGAUUCGAAGGACAAGACACUGGUUGCGUUGAUUCCUUUCCUUGAAUACAUGGCUGGUAUGGGUGUGGAGGAUGUGCGCCCCGUGCUGAAGUCCUUCGACGGCACUUUUAUUCCGGCGGAGUUUGCCAAGCGCGAGAAGAUCAUGCGUGAGAAGUUCCAGAAGGAACUUGCCGAGGAGCAGAAGAAACGUCCUCGUAGCGGAAUGGGUACCCUUGCCGCUGCUCUGGGAGUGAAGUCCAGCAGAACCCUGGAUGGCGAACAGAGUCCAUCCGAGGGACUGGCCCAGGGCAAAAUGCUCUGGGACCAGAUCCACGAGCGUGGACAGAAGAACUAUGAGCUGAUCGAGAGAGAAAUCCGUGAGAACGGUGAGAAGUGGCUGGCUGAGAUGGCCGCCGAAGAAGAGAAGGCCCGACAGGAACAGAUGAAGUACAUGAAGGGCUCCUUCACCAGCAUGUUCGGUGCUGGCGACAAGGAACAGUAA